AUGGAAAUGACUACUGGGGGUAUAGAUCUUGAUCCCACCAUAGCGGUCAACUCUCUCUACAUGUUGAGCUGUACCACAGCAGUUGCUUUUGUGGUUUUAGGAGUUGCAAUAUUCUACUCUGGCUUCACUCAAAGGCGGUCAUCUUUGACCAUGUUGGUGCUUCCACUUGUUUUGUUCCCAUUUGUAUUCAUAGACUGGUUCAUAUGGGGUUACUCCUUGUGUUAUGCCUCAGCUGUCAAUCGCUAUAUAGGCAGUUUGAACUUUGUCGUUUUACGGCACUUGAGAGACUCUGCUACCACCAUCUAUGUAACUUCAAGAGGCAGUAUUUUGUCUGUUAAUCACUUUUUAUUCAACGGGAUGAUGAAGGUUGUCUGCGCUGCGUUGACGUUUCCUGGUUGUAUUGCUGAGAGGGGCCGUGUGGUUCCAAUGUUAGUAUUCUGCUUCUUCUGGUCUGUCAUCAUUUACAACCCUGUUACUUAUUGGUUCUGGAACCGCCUGGGCUGGCUCUCAGUGGAAUACAACAAGCAACCGGUACUCGAUUUUGCGGGAGGAAAUUGCAUACAUAUUGUGAGUGGAUUUACCACCCUUGCCUACUCAUACAUAUUGGGUCCUCGCAAUCCAAAGAUUCUCAUCAAUUAUAGAAACUCCAGCACCUCGUAUGUGGCAAUAGGAAUUUUCUUUAUUGUCGCUGGCUGGUGUGGGUUUGUUGCCGGCUGUGACUUUCGCUUUUCUACACUUUCAGUGUACAUCAUAGUCAACACGCUCUUGAGUGCGUUCACAAGUGGUAUUGUCUGGAUGGCCAUAGAUUACUACUUUUCGGCAAUUCCUUAUGAGGGCAACCUCAAGUCCACCAGAAAGAUGUCUGUCAUAUCUUUGUCUUCUGGUUUGAUGACUGGAUUGGUGGCCAUUACCCCCGGUGGAGGUUACGUUUCUAAUCCCAACGAUUUUUGGAAGCCGUUCGUUUACGGUGUUGUUAGUGCAAUAGUUUGCAAUCUUGCAACAAGACUCAAGUUUUAUGCUCAGAUAGACGAUGCCCUUGAUUUAUUUGCAAUUCACGGAGUUGCGGGUAUUGUGGGGUCACUAUUGACAGGAAUCUUCUCGAACACAGAAUACUCUUCUGAUGGUGGGUGGGUUCAAGGACACUGGAUUCAGCUUGCAUAUCAACUUUUGGGAUGCACCGUUACAUCGGCAUACGUCUUUGUGAUGAGCAUUGUUCUCUUGUAUCUCAUUGACUACACACCAGGGUUACAUUUGCGAAUAGACAAAACCUUCAACCAGCGAACGCGAUGGGCAAGAAAUGCUCACCAAGAAGAAACAAUGCUUGAACUAACUACCUCUGACAUUGAAGGUCAGAAUAUCAACGUUCCUUCAGAAAAAGACCUUCAUUACGAGUCGCUUGAGUUGCUCGGAAUGGAUGCCUAUCUUCUCAAUGGAGAGUACGCCAUGGAUUUCAUGGAGUUUAUCAAGGAGCUCCGGCCACAAGAUUACGAAGACAACGAAACAAUUAAUGACUAUGACAACACACAACCAGUUGAUUCGACCGAUAUUAGUCCUUUUGGAGGAAUGGAUGCUUCCACGAAGAAGAGUGAAUAG